CUUCCAUUCAUGCUUUCCUUUUUUCUUACCAUAAAAAUGCUACUUUCUAUAAAGUAAAAUCCUAUCAUGCAGCAGUUCUGGUCCCAUUCCCAGUCAAUGCCCACAUCUUUGUACUGUGUACAAAUUAUAUAACACCAAAGUUGCUUCCCCUCAUGCAAGUUAUAAAAUAAUGAGCGAAUAGCGAAUAGCUUUUGUUGAAGACCGACUAAUAGCUGUUGUGAUAAAAUGCAGAAUCAGGAAGAGAAUGUGAGAGGAGGAGCAAGAAUGGAGCCUAAAAGUUCUUGCAUACCAUACUUUCUCACCAUAGUGUCAUGUCUUUGCGUCGCAGGAUUCAUAGCAGUGGCUAAGGUGGCCUUAAAUAGAGGCAUGAGCCAUUAUAUUCUUGUGGUCUACGGAAACGCCAUUGGAACCCUAGCCACUGCCUUAUUUGCAUCUCUCUUUGAAAGGAAUAAUAAGAACAAAAUCACUGGUCUCAUCUUGCGAGAUAUAUUUUUCUUGGGGCUUCUAGGGUCCGUGUUGGGAAGGAUACUGUACUAUGCAGGACUAGAAUACACAUCAGUGACACUUACCGCUGCCAUGUCUAACCUCGGUCCAUCAGCAACUUUCAUCCUGGCCUUAAUUUGCAGGAUGGAGAAAGUAGACAUCUUCAAGCGUGGUUCACAAGCAAAAGUUGGGGGCACUAUAAUUGCCUUAGCUGGUGCUACACUCGUCACUUUCUACCAUGGCCCCGUUGUAAUUUCACCUCUUAAGCCACUGUCAAACAAGAUAAACUCCCCAAGAACUAUUCGAGGCGGGGAUUGGAUUAAGGGCUGUCUAAUGCUUCUUGUUGCAAACGUUUCAAUAUCAGGCUAUUACGUCUUACAGACAAUAGCAAUCAAGAAGUACCCGGCGCCGCUAACUCUUACAUCACUAACCUGCCUAGCGGGAACCAUACUCUCAGCAAUCACGACAGUAAUUCUAGACCGCAAAGCUUCAACAUGGAGAUUGACAUGGGACAUUAGCCUUCUUGCUCCUAUAUACAGUGGAAUUAUCGUGUUUGGAAUCUCAAACUAUGUUCAAACAUUGGUAAUGAAAGAGAAAGGACCAGUAUUCAUGACUGCAUUUAUACCUUUGGGGAAUAUUAUCACGGCAAUAAUUGGUCUGCUAGUCUUUGGGGAUGCAUUGCACACGGGAGAUAUGGUAGGAGCUAUAUUGAUAAUUAUUGGCUUGUAUGCUACUCUGUGGGGAAAAGCAAAUGAACAGCAGCAACAGAAACUAUUGGAGCACAAAACAACAGCCCAAGAUGUCGAAAGCAAAUUGGAUGAGGAGGAUAACCAUAAAUGACAUCAUAAUUGUAUAUAAAUGUAUAUACAGUUGCUAUAUUUCUUCUUUAAAGAAUAAACGCAGUGCUUAUUUGUCAAUUAGGCAGAAUAUAUUGUGACAUACCUGCUUUA